UGGCAGAACUAUGUUGCAAGGACUAUUUCAUUGGAUCAUCGGAAAACCACAAACUUCCCGCAACUCCUCAGUCGUGUGUACAUUCUGUGGAGCCUAUUCCACAAACCGGAGUGGAUUUGAUAUCGUAUGGGAGGAUGAGGAAUUUCUUGCCUUUCGGGACAUUCGUCCAUCGGCGCAACACCAUAUUCAACUCAUCCCAAAGACCCACAUUGAAAGUAUCAGGAAAUUGACCGAGAAGGAUGUGAACAUGCUUCGGAGAAUGGAGGAAAUAGGACAUUCCAUUCUGGAUACGUUCAAUGUUCCAGAGCCAAAGCGGAAGAUGGGCUUCCAUAUACCGCCGUUUAAUUCAGAACAUCACCUGCACCUACAUGUGCAGGCGUUGCCAUACACGUCGCUGGCACGCCGGCUCAAAUACCCGUUUGCCCGGGGUUUUGGCGGCUAUGAAAAGGGAUUUAGUUGGUUUGCUGAAAUCGGUCAAGCAAUACGGAUCUUGGAAAAUGGUCAUCGCGUCGCCAUUGCGCCAUGUUAAACAUCAUCCUGUAAAGCGAUGGCGUAAUGAGGAUCAUAACCGUCGAUGUCGUGUUCGACCAAGCCUCUAUUAUUUCAAACCGUGUGCAGACCACUCAAACUAAACCAAGCUCAUCUCGAUUAAAUUGGGCGGGUCCAAACUCUGAUAACUCCCCUGGCGAUUAGAACAAGCAGGUCGUCUGACCUCGGACAUACGAGGCACA